UACAAUGUACCUCUGGAGGGGAUCAACAGGCGUCUGUGCGAACAUCUGACACCUGUGAAUCUUCAGUCCAGGAUGAAGAUACUCUUCAUCUUCACACUUCACCUGAUCUCAGGUCCAGUGAGCUGCUUUGAUGUGAUUGGCUACCCACAAGGUACUGUCAUAAUCUUCUGCAGUCACCGACUGCGUGGAGAGUUUAAAUACUUUUGUGAAGAAAAACCACAAAAAUGUGCGUAUAUGAAAUCUCACACACCAUACACACAGGAUCAGACAUACAGAUUCACUGUACAUGAUUCCACUGGAGGUCUUAUGGUGAUCUACAGAAACCUGAGUUUACAGGAUGCUGGAUCAUAUCAGUGUGGAGAGACUGGCAUGUGGGAAAAUUAUGUGAACCUUAAAAUGAACUCAGAUCCGUGUUGUUUGGGGUCAAACACUGUGGCUGGUUAUCUGGGAGAGACGGUCACCAUCAACUGUUCAUAUCCAGAGGACUUUAAGAGAAGCACCAAGCUUUUAUUUAAACAGGAUGGUCAAGAUUUUGAAAUUGUAAUUGAUGAUACAGUAACUCAGAAAGGCAGAUUCUCCAUCUCUGAUGACAGAAGAUCUAAAGUUCUCAGUGUGGGAAUCAGUGAUGUGAGAGAAGAUGAUGGAGGCGUUUAUUACUGUGGAGUGGGGAGAGGAGGACAGUCAGUCAGUUAUCUUUCUCUCUACACAGAGACUCAGCUACAGGUGAAUGCCAUCUACAGGACCUCAACCACAGCACCAACUACAGUCAAAUCUAGUAAAACUUUCAGUUCUCCUGUCAUCAUUUCUAUAAGUGUCUGUGUGGUUCUUCUGCUGAUUGGAGGAUUCGCACUGAUAUUCUGUAUUGUGAUUCACAGGAAGAAACAAGGCCUCACUCAAUCAUUCAGAACAGAGCUCAACACCAGUGAACAGGUUUCCCCUGUGGCCAGUAACAAUGAUGACACUGGUGCUUAUGCCAAUGCUUCAUCACCAACUAACACACCUGAUAAAGACAUCAUACAACCACUCCAAGACCAAGACUCCACUUACACCACCGUGAGCUUCCGGAAGAACCCGGCCUCAACCGCUGAUACCUCAGCCGUCUUCAGUCAGGAGGAAUCUGCUACUGAGGUAUGGUCAGUGGUGCUGAUUGGAGCAGCUGUGAGGCUGAACAACUGUAACACUCACCAAUGAAAGAGGAACCAACCAAACCAGAGAGAAGAGGAGACGGAGUAAGACAUACACAGAGAGAGACGACCACGAAUUAUGAGGAGAAGCAGAAUUGAAGACAAUAAAAGAGCGUAGAGGAUUUUGAAUAAAGUG